UUGAUUUUACGCAUUGGUGUGGGAGUAUAUUUAUUUGAAGUUGAAAGCAUGUUAUGAAGCAAUACGAUUUUCCCGUUUUCCAUAACUCAAAACCAUGAUAAUCUACCUCACAAUCCUUUUCUGUCUUCUAAUCCCAAUCUUCCUUUUCCUUCGAACAUCAUCCAAAAAGCAGCACCUUCCUCCUGGUUCGCUAGGGUUUCCAUUCAUCGGGCAGAGCCUUAGUCUCCUCCGCGCCAUGCGAACCAACACCGCUGAACAAUGGGCGCAGCAGAGGAUCAGAAACUACGGGGCCAUCUCCAAGCUAACCCUAUUUGGAAAGCCAACUGUGUUCAUCGGUGGGCAGAGCGGGAACAAGUUGAUUUUCAGCGGGGAUUGCGCAGUAGUUUCGAAUCAGCAAAAUGAGUCUCUUAGAGCAAUUUUAGGGGAAAGGAAUUUGUUGGAGCUGACUGGGGAAGAUCAUAAGCGUGUGAGAAAUGCGUUGGUUUCGUUCUUGAAGCCGGAAUGUUUGAAGGAAUAUGUGGGCAAAAUGGAUGAAGAAAUCAGAUCGCAUAUCCACAUGCAUUGGCACCGUAAACAAGAGGUUACUGUAUUGCCAUUGAUGAAGACUCUCACCUUCAACAUUGUAUGUUCUCUUCUGUUUGGUCUUGAGCAAGGUAUGAGAAGAGAAAGAAUGAUAGAAUGCUUUCGAGUAAUGAUAAGCGGAGUAUGGUCGAUCCCGAUAAACUUGCCGUUCACAAGGUACAACCAAAGCCGGCGUGCGAGUAGAAAAAUUCAGGAGAUGCUCAAGGAACUGUUGGACGAAAAGAGAGUUGAAUUAGAAGAAAAAGGAGGUUCCUCACACCAAGAUCUAAUCACUUGUUUGUUAAGCAUAAGGAAUGAAGAAAAUGAACUAGUAUUGAGUGAAAAGGAAAUUGUUCACAAUAUUAUGUUGGUAAUGGUUGCUGGAUUUGAUACUUCAUCAGUUCUCAUUACGUUCAUGAUGCGAAGUUUAGCUAAUAAUCCAACUGUUUAUGCAGCUGUUCUUCAAGAACAAGAAGAGAUAGCAAGAAGUAAGAAAUGUGGAGAGUUGCUUAAUUGGGAAGAUCUUGCCAAGAUGAAGUACACAUGGAGAGUUGCAUUAGAGACCCUAAGGUUGGUGGCACCUAUAUUUGGAGGGUUCAGAAAGGCUAUGAAUGAUAUUCAAUUUGGUGGCUACCUUAUUCCUAAGGGAUGGCAAAUAUUUUGGACAUCACCGGUUACUCAUUUGGAUGACAACAUAUUUAGAGAACCAUCAAAAUUCGACCCAGAUAGGUUCAAAAAUCCAGCGUCGAUUCCACCGUAUUGCUUCCUUGGAUUUGGCAGCGGUCCGAGAAUUUGUCCAGGCAAUGAGUUUGCUAGGGUUGAGACUCUUGUUACCAUACAUUACUUGAUCACCCAAUUCACAUGGAAACUAAUUUCGGAUGACCAUUUUAUAAGAGAUCCAAUGCCAACACCUACCAAAGGAAUGCCUAUCAAAAUUUGGCCUAGACAAACUUUCAUGGCAUGUAGAAUGUGUAGAAGUGAGAAUCAUGAUUAGUGACAUAUUUUGGAGUAGGAAGAUCUCAAAAAUUGUUAAAAUCAACUUUCUUGUUUAAAAUCAUUUGGAUAGUAUGAAAAAAAUAAGUUCGAGCGUAAAA